GUGGGCAACCUGUGGUACAUAAGAACGCGGGCUCGUCGUUAAAAAAAAGAAAUAUGGCGGCGUUUAUGUCAAGUUGGACAAAAUGUUCGUUUAGGAUAAAGUCAAAGCCUUACAUUUAUCCUGAUGUGGUAAUGAUCACUACCUUCGGUUUAGUUCUGUUGAAAAGCCUAUUCGAGUAACCACUCUUAACGUCAUGGUUAUGAUGUCAUGGACUAAAUAUAGCUGCAUUACGUAUGCUGUUGUUAUGCUUUUACCACACGUUAAAUACAGUGGAACGGUCGGGUAAAAAGCAGCCGACGAACUUAAUAAGCAAAGAAAACGGAGAAACACACAAAUGGCUGGAAUUCAAAUAGCCGUUCAACAGCAAGUUAUCAUCAGCAAACUCCGAAAUGCAAUUCUUGAUGUUAUUAACUCCUGUAAUUUCGAUGUAGGCGAAAUCGGCGAGCGAAGCCGAAAAAUCAAUUUGUCCCAAGCUUACUGCCUAUUUUGGCAAGACGGAGAGUCGGGAAGAGUUAAAGGACGACAAAUCUUUAUGGAGCUGAUAGCAGGAGCCGCGGCGUGUUGUAUUCUAGACCUGAUUGUCCUGGGCAAGCUGUCAGUUGAGGUUCUACCAGGUUCUACUCUUGGUAUUAGCACGAAAGACGUAAUCGUUAAGGUCAUUGAUGAAAAGCCUACUCACACGUACCUGGACAAAGCUAUAUUUGAUGCCAUACUAGACCAUCAUCGCUCAAAUCCAGAUAAACCAAAGAAACUACGGAGCUGGAUACUCAUGGAUUUAAACCGAAUCGUUCCAAAGACUAAAUGUGCCACAGUUACCCUAGACAGCCUGGCAGAUAUUGGUAUUCUGUGCAAAAAGGAGUCCACAUUCAGCAUCAAGUACCCAACACUUAAUCCAGGAAUUCAAGAGAAUCUGCUUAAGGAAUUACAAGAAGUUGGCUAUGGGCGAGAACCAGCCAGCUACAUGCGAGCUCUGUUGACCAUCAUGCGAACUGUAGACAACUUAUUAUUGUGCUGGGAUCCGCUACUCAAGAAGCAGUUUCCCAAGGAAAAAUAUGCAGCUGCAAAAGAGAGAAUAAAGGCCUUGGUACAAGUGAGCGAAGACAACGAAAAGAAAUACGAAAAGAUGGAUUAAACUGGUUCAUCAAGGAAAAGACGGUCCCAACCAUCGAAAGGGACAGCCAACUAUCAAGAUCGUAAACAGGGGAGGCACUGUGCCCCCCUCCAAAACAAUUUUGAGACCCAUACCAUUUCAUUCAACAAAGCAGUGUUUUUCGCCUGAUAUUUAUUCAACACAGUGGGGUGCCUCCAUAUAUUUAUGACUGCACUACAGCACUGACCGUCAGAAUGCAAGAAAAAAGGAACUAAUCAUAUACCGCGUAUGGGAUUAUAUGGUGAUCUCGGCUUAAGGUUUCAGAGGUUAUUUUUUAAUAAUAUUUGUUUUUGCUUUUUUAAUUGUAUGCAUAUACGAACAUUUUUUUUACAUUUUUACCAUCGUUAAGUCCGUUCCUUUUUAUGUGUAUGCAUAUACGAACAUGUUUAUAUCGAUAACGUCAUAAAAAAGGAAAACGAAAUCUUUUUUUAUUGUUGCACAAUUUUCAGCGUGUAACAAAUUGUACUCAAUAAUUGGAGUCAGACAAAGUCUAACGUAAGCUCCUGCAUGACUCGUCCAGGCCCGUGGGGGGGGGGGGGGGGAGGGGGGAGGCGAAUUAGAUAAAAAUGGCGUUCUAGAUCAAUCUGGUAUGCCAUAAAUCUAUAAAUCAAACAUUUUGUAGCCAAAUCCGAUAAUAUACGUGGCAUAAUAAAAAUUGCAUAAAAAAUCCCAAUUUUUAUUGGGGGUUGUUAGAUUUUUAUCUUUGUGUUGUUAGAUUUUUAGCAGGAAACUCACUUACCUGGAUAUUCCAAAAAAAAACUCUUUAUAGCAAAGUGAUUCAAGCUAUUUCAAAAUUUCAAACUGCUAUACCGUUGUAACAAUCUGUGGUGUUUCGGGACUAGAAAGAAUUUUGAACGUCGCUCAAAAUGGGGGGGGGAGGGGGCUCUGAUGUUUGGGGGGAGGGUCCUAAUUUUUCGCAUGUUUAAAGGGAGGGUCCUCAGUUUUUAUACAUCUCUUAGGAGAGGGUCCUAUGUUUUUUUCAACAUAUUUCGUGUGGAAUAUUUCUUUGCUCCAUCAUAUAAACCUCAACAUGGAACCCAUUAAUCUGCACAGUUGACACUUUACGAGUCAACCAUUAACUAACCGUUGUGCAAUUAGCAUGAAUAAUUACUUAUCAUAUAACUACGCAUCAUAUUCUAAAACUCAUCAUCAAUAUAAAUGCUGUGAAAAGGGUAUGGAGCAGGAUCUAUGGUCCAAUUUCCUCCGGUGACUGAUGAGUGAUGUAUGACGAGUCACUUUAAAGGCCCAGGGUCACGUGACUUCUUCAUCACCAUCGUCAUCUAAAGGCCCGUGACAGGCGCGUACACAGGGGGGUCCUGUGGGGGGUUCCAUUUUUAUACGGGUGUCCCAUUUUCUUACCCUAUAGCUUGGGGGAGGGCCCUAUUUUUUUCGUUUGUCUAAGGGGAGGGCCCUAUUUAUUUUCGCUUAUUUUUCAAAGAAAAAAUCAGAGCCCCCCUCCCGCUAAAUAAUGACACGUCAGCAACUCGUCGUCAACUUCAGCGAGCGCAACCUUGAAAUUGCACACAUGGACUGCAAAUGCAUAUCUGUCAACCCAACUUGGACAGAAAUCUUGUGAAAUUGGGUGAAAUUCAGUAAAUGUGGAAAAAACCCAAUGCGGGAAUUCCAAGAAUGAACGAAAAUUUUCGCAACAAUGAGGCUUGUUGUGGUGAGGUCCAAAAUCUUUUGACACCCGCCUAAUGCGGGUGAAUUGACAGCUACGCAAAUGUCACCUUUAGAAGUCAUCGCGCAACUUCUAUGACACGUUUGAACUAUAGGAUCGAAGACAGAACAGUAAAAUAUUACCGAAGUAGCAUCAGUAAGAGACAAUGUACAGCAAAAAAUGGAUCAGUCUGCACAGAAGCGUAACUAGAUCAAAUUAGAUUAUCAUACCCGGCUAUUUUUAUGGUAAAGGUAAUAGAAUACGAGCACGUGCGAGCGGUAUUAUGUGAGCGUCGAACGAUGAUUACAUUUUAAUUGAAAUGUCAUAAAAAGGAACCAUAGAUAUCAUCAGUAGGCUUCUUAAAUACAUUUGUUGGCAACUCUAAUUGCUUCGGCAGAUGCUUAGAGCACCGAAUGCUAGUUUGACGGUAAAAGAUCUACUCCUUUGGUUGUAGCUAUCCGGUUCCUAUGGAGCUGCGCUAGAUAUUAUUUCUUUGUCACUCCUUUCUUGCAUACUUUUUUGAGAGAUGAUGCUAUAUCAAGAACCAUAAUACGUGCUUGCUUCUCUUCAAAUAAUACUUCAGACGCAAUGUCAGCUGGACAAAGCUAUUACCAUAAGCCGAGAUCCCAACUCCUAGACAACCGGCUUUUACACGACUUACUUGAUUGGCAAGCUGCCAAUCAUCCGACAGACGACGCCCUGGUUCACUACGACGAGAACAAACAUCGUCACAACUUGAGCUAUGCUACUUACAGAACUCAGUCACGUGACCUUGCUGCUGGUCUCCGAAACCUGGGCUUCAGUACCGCUGACCGUUUGUUGAUUAUCGCGCCAAAUGGUCUGCAGUACUGCGUGGCUAUGAUGGCGGUUAGCCGAAUCGGCGCAUGCGCCGUGCUUAUGUCGACGUCUGGACGUAGGGAGCUGGACCGAUUUACGGCGGAGUUGCUACGGAAAUGGGGGAUAAAAGGUGUUCUUUGUGAUAUUGGUACAAACAUGAAGCUCUUGAACGGUCUGCGCAUGCUCGCCCCGCACCUACACGCCAUCGUCUAUAGAGGCACCCAACCUUCUGUACACGGCUGUGCCAUACACAGCUAUGAUUGGCUUAUUGAGACGGGCAAAUCACUCACGACAAGCGAUGUCUAUCACGAUGCCAAGGACCCCAUGUUCGUGGUUUUGACUUCCGGUACAUCGGGACCGUGUAAAGCCUCAGUGAUCUCUUCUUACGCGUUAAUUAACGGUCAUAAUCUGGAUACACAGGGUCCCCAAGGCCCACGAAACUUAGCACUGUUCAACUACAAGCCCAUGUCGGUGUCUAGCUUCCUUCCUAUCUUCGCGUUGGCCUUGAUAAGGGGGUACCGCGUGGUUAGUGUUCCUCACACCCUUGGGUGUGGCCGGUUGGAAUGGGUGUUAUCAGUCAUCGCAGCUGAAGGAUGCGCGACUUGCUCCUUGCCGUUAAACCUUGUUGAAGAUCUAGUUAAUAGACCUUCCCUGGUGGCGAAGUUUCCUUUACCCCGAAUUACUACAUUCGGUUUCGGCGGUCAAUUUGUACCACGCAAGCUGAUCGUAUCCCUGCUAAAACUUUACCCGAAAACACGCGCUAUUUAUCUUUACGCAUCCACGGAGACUUUCAUGACGUCAAUCCAGAUUGUAACCAAUCAGACGAGAGAAGAGCAGUAUGGCGUGAUGAGUAUUGUCCCGGAUGUCGAGGUCAAGGUCGUGGAUGACGUAGGCAACAUUGUUGCCAUGGGGACACCUGGAGAGAUCCUUGUGCGCGGUGUAAAGACAUUUCUAGGUUACAUUGACGACACUGAUAUGAGCAGUCGGGCUAUAACCGCGGAGGGCUGGGUACGAACAGGGGAUUCUGGGUACUUUCCUGAGUAUGGAAAACUCAAAUUGCUGGGACGGCUGACUGACGUGGUCUACAAGGAGGUAGAGGCGUCCAUUUUGCAUCAGCCAACACCGACAAUACUACACUUCAGCAUAGUGAAACCAUUGACCCGUGCGGCCAAUGCAGAUAAAAGAGACAUUGAUAAAGUUCUGGUGUUGCUUUACCCUCGAGAGAUUGAGGAAAUGUUAGAAAGACAUGAUGGCGUCACUCGUGCAGUUGUUGUCGGCGGAGACAAUAGUAAUGACACAAUCUGCGCAUGCGUCACCGGCAUGAAAUCGAGGCUGGGAGGGUUAUCGGAGUGGUGGGAUGAGGAGUUUGGUGUCAGCUUUUGGAAGCCUGAACGCUUUGUGUAUCUGGAGAAAAUGCCUUAUGCGCCAUCGCUUAAAGUUGACCGCUGGGCAAUUCAGAGACGUGUUUUUUCACAAUAAGCCUGACGGCAAGUUCAGAAACUUGAACAAGAAAAUAAAGACAGUAUUGUUUUAUUGUAUGAUUCAUGAUUUUUAUGUAAAAACAAUCUAACCAUUUUUUACAUUGCGUAAAGAAGACAGACCUAAUCAUCUAUAUCUCUAUAAAUAUCCUAAGAACUAUAAAACAUAAAAGAACCUAUAAAAGAAAAUUCGUCCUUGCAAAGAUGGCACUUAAUAUUACUACAAAAAUUUCAGCUAAGGUAAGAAAUCUAUAAAAAAAAGCCCUUACAAAAGUAGCCUUUACAUAAUAAAGCCUAUUGUAUACAAGGUUGCACACAAGAAGCCUGGUAUCUGAAGCCAUGUGAAUGUUAGUGCAUAUAAAAAAUACAUUUUUUGUGUAAUUUUUUUUAAAUUUAUUUUUUAUUUUCUGUACUCAUUCAUGGGCUAUGAGGCCGCCCUGUAAGUCGCUAACCUAAAGAAAUGGAAAUCUCGUAGAGACAAACUAUGUAUUAGAGUUAUGGAUAACCAGUGGCCCAGAAACCCAGUACAUGCAUUGGUUAAUAGUAGGCUAAAGUGAUGAUAAGAAUAUAAUUUUAAUGGUACUCUGCUAUCAGCCAGGAUUUUCAACAGGAGGGGGCCCAAUAGGCCCUUUAAGGCAUUUUCUCCUGUAUUGUAGAAAAUGUCUCAUACAUUUACUGUAUUUUUGGCUGCUAGAAGGGGGGGGGGGGCUCUGUGCCAACCCCUGGCUACGCCCCUGUCUAUGUCAAACCCAGGUAGAGAUGGUGUUGUUUCAGAUGUUUUGCGAUUUCUUGUCUGAGAUCAUUUCUUUUCAUCUUUUCCAACAUCUCGCAAAGUUCCUUUACGGAAAAGUUUGGAUCUUUGUUGCAUUUCCACUCCAGUAACUGCUGUGUUGGACUUUUAGGUGAUUGGGGAUCGAGAGCUCUAUACUCUUCCACACUUAUCCCGAGCUCGACCGCAACAUCUUCCCAAUUCUUUGUUACAGGAUUUUGUAGGUUGAGGCCGGCAUAUAGUUUUUCCAGCGAUUCUUCAUCUCGUUCAGCCAUAUGAUUUAUGGCAUAUUUCAGAGCAUCUCCUGUAAAAAGACCAAGGGGUAAGAGAAGGAGAAACAGAGUUGGUUAGGCUAAAUUCUGAGAUCUGUUAUGGUAGAAAACAUGUAAAGGGUUAAAAUGUCUCACGCUUAAACUUCAUCGACCCCAAUCGUCUAACCAUGCACAUUUUAUUGCCACCCAAUUCAAAUAAUGUGAUGAUUCCUUUGUGUGGAAACUUUUGCUCGUUUUCACAAACACUCUACCACUCAAUCAAGUUAGAAAGAGUUGUACAAACGUAAACACCAGAAGGAAUCAUCACAUGAUCUGAACUGGGUGGCAACAAGAUGUAAACACUGUUAGCCGAUUGGGUCUAUUGUAGCUCAUUGUAACAUAUUUGUUUUUACUUACCCAAUUUAUAUUUUUUAAAUAAUCGUGGAAUGUCCUGACGAUCUUUUAGACACGUCAGUUUAAAAAAAUCCUCCAGCUUCAAUUCAGGCUGUUCCACAAAAAGAACCUCAAACAAUCCUGCACUUGGAUUAUUCUUUUGACCAAACAGCUUCAAUUUCUGACUUUUGACUCCUAGUUCACGCCCCAGGUUUUCCCAAUACUUCGCAUCUAGUUUGGAAGCCAUAAAUUUAAAAAGGGAUGUUCCCUCAAAUGAGACUUUUUCGAUAGAAUCAUCAUCAAGGUAGCAAUCUCGAUCUAAGAAAAAAAAGGAUGUUAGUCAAAUAACUAAACUCGACAGGUGUUACGUGUUAACAAAUAGAUGGCUAACAAGAGUGUGUUCUGGGUAUGUGUGUUUUCUGUUGAAAAUUAUUCUCAUGCUUUACAACUUUUGCUCAUUACACUUACCUUUUAUAUGAUGCUCAAUCACCUGUUUGACAUCAUUACGGCCUAUUUUUUCAAGUGCAGUGCAGAUCUCACUUAAUUUUAUUUCUGUGCCAGCCAGAUGUUGACACAGUCUUUCUGUCGGGCUGUGUGAAGAACUGGCAUGUAGUUGGUCUUGCAGCAGACGUGGUGCCAUGAGAUGAUUAGCCAAAUGGGGCCAAUAGCAUAUGAUACGGUGAGGUCGGUCUAGUGGGCGGCAGACCAUUUCUAGUAACAGCUGAUUUCCAAGAAUAACUUGCCUAACUGAAUAAGAAAACAUUGAACGAAUCAGUUACAAAUGAUAGAAUACUAUUUAUCUUGUCUAUAAUAGAUAAUGCACUAGUCAACUGAAACCCCACCCCCACUGUCCCGGGGAAGGGUGGGGGGUUAGACUUUGACCCUGUACAAAACCAAGAAAAGCCCCCACCCUCUCGGGACAAAACAGCAGUUAAACGCCCCUACCCCUUGGGAUGCAAACUAUAGGCAACUGCCCGACAACAAGUCAUCUGAAAUAAGCUUUUUUUAUCUUUCAAAGCCAGUACACUUCAUCGAGUACAUUUGUACCAAUUACUGUGAAGAUAACAGUUACAAAAAAGGAUGGAAAAAUAAAUCAUCUUCAUCUGGCAUUAUUUUUUUUAAUAUUUGUUUUUGCAAAUGUUGCCGUGCAGCAUGCCACACGCUGAUACAUGGAAUUGCUUGCUACAGAAGAAAAAGAGUCUCAAGCCAAAAACUAACAUGAUAUUUGUGACACUAUUCACUUGUCCAAAACCCCCACGUCGGGGAUAAGUCUUAGAGUCAAAAACUGUCAAUUCCCUCACCCCCUUGGGAUAGAUUCUCGUUCAAAAGUGCUCUAAACCCCCACGUUAACCCCACACUUCCCCGGGACCAUGGGGGUGGGGGUUUAAAUGACUAGUGCAUAACUUUGCUGGAGUAUGAGAUGAAGUUUUCUGCAAAAGAUUUUUACUCUGUACAAUAAUUCUUUAGACAAAAAGCAGGUUAGUAGAACUAAACAAAAUAUUUGACAAUAAACAAAUUAUUCAAGUUACCUAGAAGUUCAUUUAGGCUAGAAGUUGAAGUCAAGAAAAUUAAGUGUAACAUUAGGGAGGUCACUGUAAAAUACCUUCAUGGACGUCCUCUUGACUUGCGUCUCCAAAUUCAUUCAAAUUCAUAUUAAAAAUACAAUCCCUACUUCCAACAGGGGACGCAAUAUCGGUGGUGAUGUGGUGAUUACUGAAAUCCAACAAGAAACUGUUGCUAACUAAGACAAAGUCUAGAGGUUUAGCAACGCGGUUCUGGUACUAACUUCCGCCCUGCGCAGAACUGUGCGCAGACGACCAAGUCUGUUUGAGAGAAGGACUGGUACGAGCUAUCCCGUCAUACACUAGAGACAAAGCGGAAAACUAAAGCCUCCAUUGCUGUUUUGCACGAUCCGUUUUGCACUUGUAAAAA